AUGGCUAGGGUGCCACUACGUUCGAACGGGCGCGACGGAACCGCCCCUUCGAAGAAGCGCAAGGUCACCGCUAGGAAAGAGGACAAGUCCGCCUCUAGAAACAGACGUCGCACGUCUCAAGAGGAUAGCAAAGCAGGAGCGCUAGCUUUUUUGUUCGAAGCGCCUACCGAGAUUGUGGUUGACAUUCUCUCCCUGCUCAAGCCGUUGGACCUGCUACAUCUAUCCGUAGUGAACAAGGAACUUCGAGUCUUCCUCACAUCUCCAAGUGCGAAGAUCAUCUGGCUUUCUGCACGCCGCAAUGUCGGCCUGCCAGAUGAGCUUCCGCCCGAUUUCAUGGAGACUGCAUACGCACGAUUCCUUUUCGUCCCAACCUGCGAACUAUGCGACGGGCCUGCUAAGGGCAUGAACGAGAUGGUGUAUCUCCGCGUCAGGCUCUGCCGAACCUGUCGAGAUGCUAAAAACCAUACAUCGAGGUCUUGCAAUGCUCAAGAGGCCUAUGACAAAGUGGGCACGUUCGGCGGGUCCCUCGCACUCUUACCGGGCCUUGAUGUGCACACCCGACCCGAUUCAGGCAGACUCCCGUCCAAACGCGAUCGCUACGUUUCCUUCCACAUUGAUGCCUUGGGCAAGAAACUGCGCUCGCUCCGUAGGACAGCUUCUAAGAGGCAGUUUAUGACAGAGAGGGAAACUCUGAUACAGCGGGUGCGCGAGACCAGAGAACCGCUCCUGGAGUGGAUCAAGCAAACUCGCCAGGAAACCCGUGAUGAACGUGACGAGCUGAUGGAACGACGGGUCGACGCCAUAUGCACCCAUCUUCUGGAGCUGGGACACAGUGAAAGAGAUGUGUGUGCCAUCGAAUUCGUUGCACAUCCCGUAAUCAGAAAGGCAGAACUAUUCAAUGAUCAAGUUUGGAACGCCAAUCGUGCCAAGUUUGAGCGUAUCUUGCAGGAGACGAAGGCUGAACGCGAGCAGGAAGAGCGCCAAGUCCAGAACGAGUCUGUCCUACGAGAAAUCUUCACUGAACUUUGGGAGGCUCUACCGACAGAUGAAGAAAGAUGGACCUUCCUCCCAGUCCAUGACUUUUUGUCCCUGCCGUCUGUAUUGAACAUAUCCAGGAACACGGUCGAUAUUGACAACGUCCGAGGUGCUUUUCAAUCUCAUCGCGAGAUCAUUCUGGAAGAGGUCGCCCGAUUCCACGAGGAGAUGCGGACUCAGCUGGUUCACCUGCUUUGGACAGAGGCCAUCCAUCAGGGUAUUUCGGAAACGGAGAUAAGGGCCGCAACGGAUGAAGAUCGAGUGCGCUUACUUCGGAAAGCUGUCAACGGAUUUGUCGUCGCUCCAAUGUUCGGCGAUGAGCGAAUUCUCAAUUAUCACACCAUGUUCAAGGAUGGAUUCUUUGUCAACGACGGAGACGAUCCCCAUGGUGAUUUCCACCACCCUCACAUCAUAUGGCCAUGGUCGCAGUUGCUCAGAUGCAUCCAAGGGAUUCCGUUUGUCAUGUCCUUGAUUAUUGAAGACGCCGGCCUCGACGAGGAAACGGCUACCUUUGACGAACUAGAUGCCGCCAAUCCAGAAUGGCGAGAGCAACUCCUCGACGUGGAGAUGGGCUUUUUGUGAUCGCGACCUAAUUCCUUCGAUCAAGCAGAUAGAGUCGCCCCAAAGCACUUAACUUCCGGUGGCCCCGUCGGCCUAUUUGGCUCUCUGUUCUGGUCUGGUCAAGUCCUGGUCCUACGAAUCGCGAUACCGUUUGUGGAGUGAAGCUGAAUAACUAGCGGCAUCCAUUGAUGGUGCACCACCACAGUCCUGAAGUCAUAUGUAUACUAUUCCGCUCCACUUGUAUGUAAGAAUAAAGCGUGUUACCAAUCG